UGAUAUGGUUGGCCAAAAUAUAGAAACUCUACACGACGUCGUAUAACGGAUUUCAAAGUGCCUCUUAUCUGCUAAACCCCAGUGUGUUUGAUAGCCGUUUAAACCAUCUCCUUAAACCCCCGCCUGGAAACCAACAUGCUCCUUCUUUACACCUCCCAAUAUGGCUGCUGUCUCUGCUAAAACCCCAACUACAUCUCUCCCUUUAGACCCCCCUAACCCUCAAUUCUCUAAACUCCAUUCUUCUAAAUCUCUUAAUUUCUCUAGCAUCUUCCAAAAAUCCCACUUUUUUUCCCUUAAAAAAAACCAUCAAAAUUCUCUCCUUAACUCCAACUCAUCCACUUCUACUCCUACAACUGACCCAAAUUCCCAUAUUAUCCAAUUAUGCUCUCAAAACCAGCUAGAACAAGCAAUAGUCUAUUUAAAGUCAAUAAAUGGCACCAUAGAAGAAGAAACAUAUGUUUCUUUAGCUAGGCUUUGUGAAUUUAAAAGGGCGUCGAAUGAGGGAUGUGAGGUAUUUUCUUGCAUAGUUAAUUGUAUGAACCAGUUGAGCUUGAGGCUAGGAAAUGCUUUGUUGAGUAUGUUUGUUAGGUUGGGGAAUUUGGGUGAUGCGUGGUAUGUUUUUGGGAAAAUGGAGGAAAGGGAUGUUUUUUCUUGGAAUGUUUUGAUUGGUGGGUAUGCGAAAAACGGGUAUUUUGAUGAGGCUUUGGAUAUGUAUCAAAGGAUGUUGUGGGUUGGUAUUAGACCUGAUGUUUAUACUUUUCCUUGUGUUUUAAGGACUUGUGGGGGUUUGCCUGAUUGGAGAAUGGGUAGGGAGAUACAUGGUCAUGUAAUACGGUUUAACUAUGAGUCGGAAAUUGAUGUUGUUAAUGCGUUGAUGACGAUGUAUGUGAAGUGUGGUGAUGUUGGCAAUGCAAGAGUGUUGUUUGAUGGAAUGUCUAAGAGGGAUAGAAUUUCUUGGAAUGCUAUGAUUUCGGGUUACUUUGAGAAUGGUGAGUUUUUGGAAGGGUUAAUGUUGUUCUCGUCAAUGCGGGAAGUUGGGUUUUUUCCGGAUUUGAUGACCAUGACAAGUGUGAUUUCAGCUUGUGAGGCUCUCGGGGAUGAGAGUUUAGGGAGGGCCCUUCACGGGUAUGUGUCAAGAAUGGAUUUUUAUAGUGAUGUUUCGGUGCACAACUCUCUUAUUCAAUUUUAUUCAGCUAUUGGGUAUUGGGAGGAAGCAGAAAAGAUCUUCGAUAGGAUAAAGUGCAAAGAUGUAGUUUCAUGGACUGCAAUGAUCUCGGGUUAUGAGAGUAAUGGGUUUCCCGAGAAGGCCAUUAAUACGUACAAAAUGAUGGAGCUAGAAGGUGUUAUGCCGGAUGAAAUUACUAUUGCUUCUGUUCUAUCUGCCUGCACUUCAUUAGGCCUUCUAGAAAUGGGUGUUAAGCUUCAACAACUAGCUGAAAGGAGAGGACUUAUAUCAUACGUGAUUGUUUCAAACACUCUGAUCGACUUGUACUCGAAGUGCAGCUGUAUUGACAAGGCGUUGGAAAUUUUUCACACGAUACCGGAUAAAAACGUCAUAUCUUGGACUUCUAUUAUUCUUGGUCUCCGGAUUAAUAAUCGUAGUUUGGAAGCUUUGAUCUUUUUUAGAGAAAUGAAACGCCAUCAGGAUCCCAAUUCUGUUACCUUAGUGUCUGUCCUCUCUGCAUGUUCUAGAAUCGGUGCACUGAUGUGUGGUAAAGAAAUACAUGCAUAUGUAUUGAGGAACGGAAUGGAAUUUCAUGGGUUCUUACCCAAUGCACUCCUUGACUUCUACGUGAGGUGUGGAAGGAUGGCCCCAGCACUAAAUCUGUUUAAUAUGCAGAAAGAGGAUGUUACUGCUUGGAAUAUCUUGCUGACUGGCUAUGCUCAGCGAGGGCAAGGUGUGCUUGCAAUUGAGCUUUUUGAUGGAAUGAUAACUUCAAGAGUAAAGCCAGAUGAGAUUACUUUCAUUUCUCUGUUACGUGCUUGUAGUAGAUCUGGUUUAGUGGCUGAAGGCCUUGACUAUUUGAAUAGCAUGGAGAGUAAAUAUUGUAUUAUUCCGAAUCUGAAGCAUUACGCUUGUGUGGUUGAUCUGCUAGGCCGUGCAGGUCUAGUGGUCGAUGCUUAUGAUUUUAUUGUAUCAUUGCCUGUGAAACCCGAUUCCGCUAUCUGGGGGGCUUUAUUAAAUGCGUGUAGGAUCCACAGGCAGGUUGAACUUGGAGAACUAGCAGCUAAACACAUUCUUGAAACAGAUGAGAGGGGUGUCGGAUAUUAUGUUCUCCUCUGCAACUUCUAUUCUGACAAUGGCAGAUGGGAUGAAGUUGUAAGAUUAAGGAAGAUUAUGAUAGAAAAAGGACUGACUAUCGAUCCUGGUUGCAGCUGGAUAGAAGUAAAGGGAAAUGUACACGCAUUUCUUAUUGGUGAUAACUUACACCCCCAAAGUAAGGAAAUUAAUGCAGUUCUAGAAGGAUUUUAUGAAAAAAUGAAGGCAGCACAUCAUAGUGAAUCAGAAAGAUAUACAGUGAAUGAGGUUGAAGAUUCAAAAGCCGAGAUCUUUUGUGGACACAGUGAGAGACUAGCUAUUGCAUUUGGGCUUAUAAAUACGGCUCCGGGGACGCCAAUUUUUGUCACAAAGAAUCUUUAUAUGUGCAAGAGCUGUCACGACACAAUCAAGUUUAUCUCUGAGGUUGUGCGGAGGGAGAUUUCAGUUAGAGAUACUGAGCAUUUCCACCAUUUUAAGGAUGGAAGAUGCACAUGUGGGGAUGAAAAUUAUUUGGGAAAACUUGCAAGUCAUAACCAGAAAGAAUCGAUUCACAGGUGACAAAAUAGAAUCUGUUCCUUGUGACAGGCAGAGGCCGGUAUUCGUAGUUAGAAUGGAAGCUGAAUUAGCUCCUGGCUAGAGAUACACGCCCCAAGGUGCCCUGAUAUUUGAUAAUGUGGUAGACUGCAAAGUCUCAUCCACAAUCCCGCACUGCACAUCUGCUGCUUCCACAGACAGCAUCAACUGGUUAUUUCCCUUGUGAUAAUGCUCUCGAAAGCUAGAAUAUUGUGAUCAAAAGACACUUUGUGGAUACUCAACAUAGAGAUGCCUGACGUAUUGUAAAUAGCACAUACCUUUCUCUCAUACUUGAAGAUAGGCACUAGUUCUUUGUUACUUUAGCGAAGUGGAUUUCGAAACUUGUAUAUCUUGGUGGUGGUAUGACUGGUGCUCAAAGAGCGGGGAAACUUGUUUAGAUUAUAGCAUAUG